GUGCAAAUCAACGUCGACAUGCUGGCAGGUCAUGUCGAUGGGCAUCGAGCUCAGGGUUUUGAGCGAACUCUCGACCCAACAAGCAGACCCAUGACGCUGCAGCGUAUCAGCAGAUGUGAUGGCUCGACAAGCAGAAGUGUCUCAUGAACGCGGUCGCUUCGUGCUAGGACCGAGCGGCCAUCCUCGCUUCGCUGGAUCUUCAACAGGGAUAUAUUUGGCUGAUACCGUCUGGACAGAGGUCUCGCCCAUCGCAGCGGAUGCUGCUGAUCUCGACGAAGCCUUUGUACAUCGGAAUGACCGUCACGCCGGAUCAGCCCAAGAAAACCACAACAAUAACGACGCGAACCCUGGAGCCACUGCCACUUCGCCCUCUUAUUCGGAUGAUCCCAUCUUGGACGCAGCAGCGUUCCUCGAACAGGAAGAGGCGAGGGAACAUUUCUCCAACUACUUUAGGCUGUGGCAUCCGCUGUUCCCCUUCCUGGACGGGCGAUCACUAUCGCAGACGCUGGAAGACGCGUUCCUCUUGGCCCGGAAUCUGUCUGUCGGUGCAGGGGCAAACUGGCCUGGCGUACCCGCAGGUCUAUCGGGGUAUCCAGCUUUUCCUAAUCUGAACAGGGACGAGGCGUUGGUCUACUCGACCAUUUUUCGAGCAGUGAUCACCUUGGGCAGCAUACGAUCGACUUGUUCCGCUGAGCGAACUGGGAGUAACGUCGGAACCGCUGGGGAGCGGGAUCGAUUGCAUGAUUUGAGAUCACCUCGACAAGCCAUGUUCCUGGCCCAUCUGAUCGUCUCGGCUUGUCAAGGAUCAAGGAUAUCGGAAAUAUUGGCUCUUCAAGGUUUGCUGGCGAUACAGGUUGUGCUCUUCGGCCUCAGGGAGACACGACCGGCUAUGCAUAUAGGGGGUCUACUUACCAAGAUAGCUUUUGAAGCAGGUCUUCAUCGAUGUCCCAAUCGGUACCUCCGAACCUUCCAUUCGGCCGAAGAUAGGGAUCUGCGUAAACGAAUCUUCUACUCUCUUUACUCGCUCGAACGUCUUUUAGCAGCCGAAUUCGGCAUCCCGCUUACGAUGAAUGACACCGAUAUCGAUACGUGUCUCCCUGGCGAUCUCGAGCAGCAUCAGAGUGCGGACGAUUCACCCUCUCGUACCAGGAAAAGCGUUGCUCGAGGAGAGAUUAGUACGAUACGGCAUCCAGCCCCGACGGCAACACCCAAGAGGGGACGAGAAAGUUCGGUGGGUAGACAGGAAGAACCAUCAAGCAAGAGACUGAGAAAGGAGACCCCUAGGCUCAGCCCUGAAGCGCCAAUGGAAACCCAGCAGCUUGCCAUCCCCGCAUCUCAAGCGCAGCUGCCUGUAAACAGCGCCGAUUUGGAUGCCGAAGCUCUAAAGAAUGCUCGUCUGCAGCCUGCGCUCGCGUUGACUCGGAUGACCAGGAUGGUCGGCAAAGCAAUGGAAACUUUCAACAAGAGCCUGAAUCAUCGACACGGUAACGAUCAAAGCACCGAGGCGUUGUCGUUACGAGUAGAAUUGGAUCAGUGGUGGAACGGUAUAGGUUUCGACUCCGAUCACGAUCACGAUGACGCCGAUGAUAUCAGCGAGGAUCCUCAUCUCCGCGGUUUCUCGGUCCUCUUCACCUGCCUCUACUAUCAACAGAUCGUCAACCUGGCUCGACCGAUGCUCUCCCUAUCCCCUGCAAGCGUCCAGCACGCACUGGCGCUGCAGUCAAGUAUCAACGCUGUCCGGACAAUCUGCUCGACGCUCUCUCGGUCUAUGAAACAGGAUGUCGAAGCGCUACAUUGGCCAGGAUACGUCGACAUGGUAUUCUUUGGAAGUCUGAUUUUGGUCUACGGUGCGAGGAAGGAGGGCAACCGUCCAAGUACCCUCAAGCUACUCAAGCGGGACUUGAGCCGCAUACAUCGCUUGCUCAAGCAGUUUGAUGCACGGUGGCAAAAUCUCAAACCUUUGAUCAGGAUUGUCGACGCGUUCCUCACUCCACUCGGUAACACGACCGAAGGCUUAAUGCGAUCAGACUUGCCGUCGCAGAAGGAUCCUGACGUAAAUGUAAACCCGUCUCGAUCGGCACAGGACCUGUCGGCCGGUCCCGCCUUUCAAUUCCCUCUCCAAGGGUCGGGCUUCGAAGUGGAUCCAAUGUCGGGAGACUUUUUCUUCGAUUUCGAUAGUUUCGAAUUGCAUCCUGCAACUAUGUGGGCGUAUCGUCCAUCCAUACCAAAUUCACCAAGAUGAAUGUGCAUGUGCAAAUGUAUUUGCUCCGAAAAAACGUAACAUAAUCUUCCGGGAAUCACCUGAGUACACGAAUUGCGCCUU